UUGCAAGGGCGUGUGUUUUAGUCAACAAACCCUCUGAAAAGUCAAUAAAUGGACUUUAAUAACUAUAAAUUUCCUUGGUGGCAAAAAUAAAUAAAACAUGAUACCUACCCUUUUAGAUUCCUCCCUGAUCUCCACCAUUCAUCAUGAAUCCGCCGGGGUAUCCCACCGGCGAUAGCCCACCUCCCCCGUCCAGAAGAGAGCUCCAACUCCAAGGCCCUCGUCCCUCUCCGCUCAGCGUCAGCAAAGAAUCGCACAAGAUCCGAAAGCCGCCUCUUCCACCGCACCCCCAUCACCCGGCGGCGGGGCCUUCCCGCCACCAGCAGCAGCAGCCGCAGCCGCAGCCGGUGAUUAUCUAUUCGGUGUCUCCCAAGGUUAUUCACGUUCCGGUCGACGACUUCAUGAAGGUCGUGCAACGUCUCACAGGCCCAUCAUCCCCUUCCUCCAGAUCCGGAGAUGUUUCACCCGCAGCAAGGCUAGCGUCAAUCGAAAAGACAAGCCCGUCCGAGAAAGAAAGGUUUCAGAAUGGAGACGAGAUGAUGGAUGAUCUAUUGGAGGGAGUUGAAGUGAGCCAGUUCCACGGCAUAUUAUCGCCUGCACCGGGAAGUAUGCCGGGGAUAUCGUCGGAGAUAUUCUCACCAGCGACUGAUCCAGAAACGCUCUCGUGGUUGCACGACUUGAGCCCGUUUUGGCCAGCGAACAGCUUCACGGGAAGCCCAUCGGGUUUAUUUUCGACAUCUAUAGCUUCUCCGCUUCCGUCGCCGGACGUCUUCCGUAUCUUCGACUGAGCUGUCCUUUCUUUUUUCAAUCAAAUUUUUGGGGUAAAUAAAUUUGGUUAUCAAAGAUUUGGAAUUGCAUGACAGGCAGCAAAGAAGCUGCCAGAGGAUUUAACAUUGACUGACUCUUGUCAGCGCUGGGUUCUUAGGUCCACAGUUAUUACUGAUACUGUUUAGUUAUUACUGACUUUUUGAGUUUGUGGAUUCUAUUGAUCUCUUCCUCUGUAAUUUUAGUUAUUUUUGUAACUUUGUAAUUUGUGAUUCAUAAUUAAGGAAGUAUUAAAUACAUUUCAGUUUUUAUUU